UCUGUUGUCUGUCAUCGGCAUUGCCAGAGCAGCACCAUUUUUCUUUUUAGAGUUCGAGAAGUUCUUAGGAUUCAAAAUGUAUUGGAAUAAUCACAAAUUAAGUCACUAUAAAAUAUUACCAACUUUUAUAAUAUUGUUGUGCCACAGUUUUUACAACCCCACCGAUAGCGGUGCUGUGCAAAUUACUCAAAGCAAUUUAGAUAUGGUGUUAGCUUCCAAUGAGGUUGUGUUCAUAAACUUUUAUGCGGAUUGGUGUAGAUUUAGUAACAUGCUGAUGCCGGUAUUUGAUGAUGCUGCGGAUGAAGUAUCUAAAGCUGGCUAUGACACCGGGAAGGUGGUCAUGGGCAAGGUGGACUGUGAUAAAGAGGCGGCCAUUGCAACUAGGUUUCACAUUACAAAGUACCCCACUUUGAAGCUCUUCCGUAAUGGCAUGCCAGCUAAAAAAGAAUAUAGAGGCCAAAGAUCAGUGGAAGCGUUUUCAGAAUUUAUAAAAAAACAGCUGACCGAUUCAAUUGUGACAUUUGGGUCGCUGAAAGAAUUGCAUGAACUGAGUGAGGAUAAGAGACACAUCAUCGGCUACAUGGAUCGGCGAGACCAGCCUGAAUAUGAGAUGCUGAGAAAAGUGGCAGCUAAUCUUAAAGACGAGUGCCAGUUUCAUGUUGGUUUCGGUGAAGCUUCCCAGCAAAUGCAUCCUCCAGGCCAACCUAUUGUGGUAUUUAGAGCAGAUAAGAAAACUUCCUCUGAACCUGAUGAAACAUACAAGGGUUCUCUGACCAACUUUGAUGAGCUGUAUGCCUGGGUCCAAGCGAAGUGUAUUCCCCUCGUCCGAGAAAUCACUUUCGAAAAUGCUGAGGAGCUUACAGAAGAAGGACUGCCGUUCCUGAUUCUUUUCCACAAUCCAUCCGACACAGAGAGUGUUAAGAAAUACAAAGAGAUCAUCAGUCGAGACCUUGUAAAUGAAAAACAAAACAUCAACUUCCUCACAGCCGACGGUAUUCGCUUCGAGCACCCACUCCACCACUUGGGCAAGUCCGCCUCUGACCUUCCCCUGAUUGCCAUAGACUCGUUCAGACACAUGUACCUGUUCCCCGACUACAAGGAUAUGGAGACGCCUGGCAGACUGUAUCAGUUCUUGCAGGACUUGUACUCUGGAAAGUUGCAUAGAGAAUUCCACUACGGGCCUGACACGCCCGCGGCGGUGUCCGACGUGAAAGUGACCACGCCACCAGAAUCCACGUUCAAGAAACUAGCUCCCUCCAAAAACAGAUACACCCUGCUAAGGGACGAAUUAUAAGGUUAUCCACUGCCUAGUUCAUGCAAUUUUUUAGUAUAAGACGCCACUGACAAAGUAAAUCUUUGCCAAUAUGGUUUAUCUCGUCUCUUCCUUAGUGUUUUCAUAUAUUCCUUUCUCAUUUUGCACUUAAAGAUUUUAUGUUGUUCCCAGAAACAUGCGAACAAAGUUUUGCAGUUCAUUAUUGUUCUGGCGCUAAUUGAUAGCUUCCGUAAAUUUAAAUAUAAUUGGUCGUAGGUUGAGGCGAUUCUGAUAUCAUGCACACCAGUAGGAAAUUUUUAUAAACUAUGUGAUGUUUUGAUAGAAGUAUGUAACAAGAUCAAUUUUAUAUCCAUAAAGUUUAAAGCAUAAACUAAUCUUCCAUGAUAAAAUCUUUCAAUAGCCUUACUGGUGAGUAUUAAUUAAUCUAAAUAAAAUUCACUUAGUCUCAAUUUCUUAAAAUUAUUAUUGGAAAAUAGAAGCAAAUCCAUAGCGACACACUAGAUUUAAGAGAAUACGUCCGAUAAUUUUGCACCGUAUUAUUAAUUAAAUUAAACCGAAUUAUUAUUUUAACUUCAUUUAACAGUUUUGCAUUUGAGUGUAUUUAAUUUACUUUAUUUAUCUGUAAUAUUUUUGGUUACUACUAAUAAUUAAAUUAUUAUGUUUUAUAACGACUAUAUAAUUUAUCUGUGAACAGCAGUUUAUGAUGUGCCCUGCAGUGGUGAAAAAAUUACUUAAAAUAAUAUUAUAAGAUGUGUAAAGUAACUUACUGUCAAGUAUUUAUUAUUAUUUGUAUAAUUCUGAUAUUGGUAACCUUCUUAGUAAUUAUCUCUCAUUUCCUAUUAGACUUUUUUAUCCAUUGUAAAGUGCCUAAAAUAAACGGAAAGUUUAUAGGCAGCAAUAAGAAUAAAUAAUAACAAGUCACUCUUUUUAAAACCACUGGUUUUAUUAAAAACUUAUGAAACAUUUAAUAUACCUAGUACGCAACUAAGUAUUUCCAUUUAGAAAUAUUAGGUUUACUAAUUAUAAUAAUUAUCAAAGAAUUGAUAUGCGUUUAAUAUUUUAUAUAAGCAAUACAUUCGCAACGCCUUAAGAUAAUUUAAUUUACAUACAUUAAUUCAAAAUUAUGUAAUCUCACUUACGGAUUGUUGUAAUUUUUUUUUUCAAAUAGCAUUUAAUCAUCAACUUUAAGAUAUAUUCAUACCAUAAUAGUAUAUACCUAUAAAUAGUAUGUGUAAAACACACAUUUUGUCUUCUACGUUUGAAUUUUUAGUUUUAGUAGUGCUUCUGCUAUAAACUAAUAGUUGUUUUUGUAUUCUAUUUGUUGAUUUAUUGAUAUUGAAAUUUCAUACAUUAGUUUCAUCAUAAAGUUAUUAUGCUAUAUUUAUUUAGAUAUCGAUUAUUCUCUUAAAUUGAUUCGGUAUAAACUUGCGUUCAUUCAAUAUCAUGGUUUGUUUGCAUUUAAUUUGUAACUAAAUAUAGUUCAUCGUUUGCUUUUAAGCGAGGUUCAGACUAGCAAUAAAAUUUGCUGUCACAGUGGCAAAUCUUGCAAAACUUGGCUUGCCACAGCUAUUUACACGGUUGCAAACAGCUUGCAGAAGUCAACUUCUGCAAGUUUUAUUGCUAGUCUAAACCGCGCUUUACAACAAAACUGCGCCAAAGUCGCUCGGCUAUUCGUCAACAAAUGGCGCUAAUUUGUUUAUUUUAAAUGUAAAGCUCGCUGGAUAUUUUUUUUUGUUCUAUGUGGCAUACUAAACAUAGAUAUUAUGCUUAAUGGUGAAAUUAGUGACUUUACGUAUAAAAUUGAAUUAUUAAUGAAAUUCUUGGGUAUCUCAACUAUCAUUGCGAGAUAAAACAUUCCCUGAUCUAAACUGAGUAGUCAUUACUUAUGCGUAUGAUAUGAAAUGGUUGUACAAAUGUAUGUCUAUUGUGACGUGUGUUGUAAUAAAUAAAUUUUUCGAGCCUUAAA